UCCCCACCCGCAGGCAAGGCGGGCUUCAAGGCUCUCCCUCCCCGCGCGCCCUGAUUCCCUCUCCCAAGAGGGCUCAGGAGCGCGCGAGGAUUAAGAGAGGAGCACGAAACUCGCCAUCUCCCCAGCCAGCGCGAGAACAAAGAGAGCUCUUCCACCCCCUUCCCCCCGCACGUGGGGAGCGAACUCCCCGCCCCCGGCACCGCCUCUAGCCGCUGCUGAUUGGCUCCGGCGGCCCCUCCACGUCCGUCCAAUCGGGGCGGUGCUUGGGUCUCUCCAAUGAGCGCGAUGCCGAUUGGGCCGCCGGGUUUGGCGCUCGGUCCGGGAGGGUGAAUCCGGCGGCCGGAGGCAGAGAGGAGCGGAGAGGGGACCCGGAGGCGGCAGCACCGGCGGGGGUUGGGGGGUGUCCAUAUCAAAUUGGGAGCCUCUGGAAUGUUUAUUUGUGGUAACCAGAAAGCAUGUUGUGAAGGGAUAAUCAUGGGUCAGACGGGAAAGAAAUCUGAAAAGGGACCAAUUUGUUGGCGGAAGCGUGUAAAAUCAGAAUACAUGCGACUGAGGCAGCUCAAGAGGUUCCGCCGGGCAGAUGAAGUUAAGAGUAUGUUUAAUUCUAAUCGUCAGAAGAUACUGGAAAGAACAGAAAUCUUAAAUCAAGAAUGGAAACAACGUAGGAUACAGCCUGUACACAUCAUGACUUCUGUGAGCUCAUUGCGUGGGACCAGGGAGUGCUCUGUUACCAGUGACUUAGAUUUUCCAAAACAAGUCAUCCCGCUCAAGACUCUGAAUGCUGUUGCUUCAGUGCCCAUAAUGUAUUCUUGGUCUCCCCUUCAGCAAAAUUUUAUGGUAGAGGAUGAAACGGUUUUACAUAACAUUCCUUAUAUGGGAGAUGAAGUGCUUGACCAGGAUGGAACCUUUAUUGAAGAACUGAUCAAGAACUAUGAUGGAAAAGUACAUGGAGACAGAGAAUGCGGAUUUAUCAAUGAUGAGAUAUUUGUGGAGCUGGUAAAUGCACUUGGUCAGUAUAGUGAUGAUGAAGAUGAUGAUGAUGGAGAUGACAAUCCUGAUGAGCAAGAUGAAAAACAGAAAGACCGAGAAGGCAACAGAAUGGCGUACUGGGCGCUCACACGCCUGAAGUGGAAUGGACAUGUGCAGCACAUCUUGAAGAACAAGAGUUAUGGAACAGACAAAGAGAGCCAUCCACCUCGGAAGUUUCCUUCUGACAAGAUAUUUGAAGCCAUUUCCUCGAUGUUUCCGGACAAGGGUACAGCAGAGGAAUUGAAGGAGAAAUACAAAGAACUCACAGAGCAGCAGCUGCCAGGAGCUCUUCCUCCUGAGUGCACACCAAACAUAGAUGGACCAAAUGCAAAAUCUGUUCAGAGGGAGCAGAGUCUGCACUCCUUUCAUACGCUCUUCUGUAGGCGCUGUUUUAAAUAUGACUGCUUCUUACAUCCAUUCCACGCAACUCCUAACACUUACAAACGGAAGAAUACAGAAACAGCAAUAGAUAAUAAACCUUGUGGACAGCAUUGUUAUCAGCAUCUGGAAGGGGCAAAGGAGUUUGCAGCUGCUCUGACUGCUGAGCGAAUAAAGACACCACCAAAGCGCCCAGGUGGCCGCCGAAGAGGAAGACUUCCAAAUAACACCAGCAGGCCCAGCACACCAACAAUAAAUGUGUUGGAAUCAAAGGACACAGAUAGUGACAGGGAAGCAGGAGCAGAAACUGGAGGUGAAAAUAAUGAUAAAGAGGAAGAAGAGAAGAAAGAUGAAACAUCCAGUUCCUCUGAGGCAAAUUCUAGGUGUCAGACACCAAUAAAGAUGAAGCCAAAUAUUGAGCCUCCUGAGAAUGUGGAAUGGAGUGGUGCAGAAGCCUCGAUGUUCAGAGUUCUCAUUGGUACCUACUAUGACAACUUCUGUGCAAUUGCUAGAUUAAUUGGGACCAAAACAUGCAGGCAGGUGUAUGAGUUUAGAGUAAAAGAAUCUAGUAUUAUUGCUCCAGUUCCUGCUGAAGAUGUUGAUACUCCUCCAAGAAAGAAGAAGAGGAAGCACAGGUUGUGGGCCGCUCAUUGCAGAAAGAUACAGCUGAAAAAGGAUGGGUCAUCUAAUCAUGUUUACAACUACCAGCCAUGUGAUCAUCCUCGUCAGCCUUGUGACAGCUCAUGUCCUUGUGUAAUUGCUCAGAACUUUUGUGAGAAGUUUUGUCAGUGCAGCUCAGAAUGCCAAAACAGGUUUCCUGGAUGCCGCUGCAAAGCACAGUGCAACACUAAGCAGUGUCCAUGCUAUCUGGCUGUACGUGAAUGUGAUCCAGACCUCUGUCUGACAUGUGGAGCAGCCGAUCACUGGGACAGCAAAAAUGUUUCUUGCAAGAACUGCAGCAUUCAGAGGGGAUCCAAAAAGCAUUUGCUGUUGGCACCUUCAGAUGUGGCAGGCUGGGGAAUUUUCAUCAAAGAUCCCGUACAGAAGAAUGAAUUCAUCUCUGAGUACUGUGGUGAGAUUAUUUCUCAGGAUGAGGCAGACAGAAGAGGGAAGGUAUAUGACAAGUACAUGUGCAGCUUUCUAUUCAAUCUGAAUAAUGAUUUUGUGGUUGAUGCAACACGCAAGGGUAACAAAAUCCGAUUUGCAAACCAUUCAGUAAAUCCCAACUGCUAUGCAAAAGUUAUGAUGGUUAAUGGAGAUCACAGAAUAGGUAUAUUUGCUAAGAGAGCCAUUCAGACUGGUGAAGAGCUGUUUUUUGACUACAGAUACAGCCAGGCUGAUGCACUGAAAUAUGUAGGCAUUGAAAGAGAAAUGGAAAUCCCUUGAUACCAGCUACCUCUACUUUUGAACAGCUGCCUUAUCUCCAGGAAUUUUCUAGUACUGUGGGCAAUUUUAGAAAAAUGAUGCAAUUUGAAAUUCUGAAUUUGCAAAGUACUGUAACAGUAAUUUAUAGUAAAUUUCAAAAUCAACUUUUUAUUGCCUUCUCACCAGCUGCAAAGUGUUUUGUACCAAUGAACUUUUGCAAUAAUGCGGUGUGGUACAUUUUUCAACCUUGAAUAAAGGAUACUUGAACUUC